AUGUCCUCAACCCUUGUUGGUAGCUCGGGUCGCAUUUACGUGCGUGAUAGGGUGCUCAAAGCUCAUCCGAGGAGACCAGAGCUCAAUAUCUACCUCGCGCAAGAAAACAACAAAGGCCAACUCGGCAUUGAAAAAGUGGUAUUAUCUGAUCUCGACUGUUCUCUGGAACUGGAAGGCGAAAAGCUGCUCCAUGCUAGAAUAGGGAAUGUCAUGUGGCGCAGUCCGGAGGCGCAAAUAGGGAGAGGUCUUGGUAAGCCUUCUGACGUAUUCUCUUAUGGACUACUUUUUCUCUAUGUGAUAACAGGCAUGGAAACCCUACACCCGGACUUCAAAGAGUUAAGGGAAGCGGGAGUCGAAUCUGAACUGGAGAUCCUGAGCCGAUUGAUCACAUUCUUCGACCCUGUUCCUUUUGAACUCGUAACACAUGUUAACCAUGGGAGAUGGGCUCAUAUCUUGAUGGAGUUAUCAGAGGCAACAGCUGGAGAUCCCAGUAUGCGAUUCACCCAGUGGAAAGAAGACGAUUUCCCAAACCUUGACGCUGAAACAAAGAGAGUUAUAUCUAUGAUGAACAUAGAAUCCCCGAAGAAGACUUGUAUCGAUACACCAGACACCGAUGGCUGUAAGCAAAUUGGCUCGUCAUCUCAGUACAGCGACUCAUUCAGGCGCAAAUACAGAUUCAACGAAGAAAGUGAACUUGCAAAACGCUAUCUGAAAUUCAAUUUACAGCAACUUCUCGACGUCGCAAUUAAUGUUUGUGAUGGGGCCCAGUAUUGUACUAGAAUCACCAAAUGUGCGGAAGGUCUGCAUAAUAAAGCCUUCAUCUUGAAAAUGGAUAAUGGGUCGGAGGUCUUCGCGAAACUCCCAAAUCCCAAUGCCGGACCUGCGCAUUUCUCCGUUGCCUCCGAGGUCGCCACACGUGAGCUGCUUCGUGAUGUGUUCGAUAUUCCUGUUCCUCGGAUAUUGUCUUGGUCUUCCGAUGCAGCAAGCAAUUUAGUUGAGGCCGAAUAUAUCAUUGAGGAAAAGGCCCCUGGCGUACGACUGGGUUCUGUCUGGAAUCGAUGGCCUCGGGAGCUGAAGCUGCAACUAAUCGCUCAAGUGGUUGACAUGGAAAACAAAUUGACCACCAUUUGCUUUGACAAGCACGGUUGCAUUUAUUUCAAAGAAGACUUGCGCUCACUUGUCGGAGAAGCGGAAGACAUCCAUGCACACACUAUUGAAUCUGACGUCUUCGAACGGUUUUCCAUUGGGCCGUUGACCACGAACGAACUGUGGAGUGGGACUAGGAAGGACAUGAAAUUGGAUCGUGGCCCUUGGAAAGAUGCGUUUGAAUACACUCGUGCAAUCGGCCAGAAUGAAAUGGCGUGGAUCAAGACACAUGCUGUUCCUCGAAUGAACUAUUACCGGUCGAACCAGAACAGAGAACUUCCCGAAGAUGGUAUCUCACUCUUGGAGAAAUAUAUGGAUGUCUCCUCCUAUCUUGUCCCCCAGUCAAGCGAUGAACCGUCUUCUAUCAACGUUCUUUGGCAUCCGGACCUUCACUUGGAUAACAUUUUCGUGGAUCCAGAUACUUAUCGGAUCACCCGCAUCGUGGACUGGCAGUCAGCGUGCGUUGCUCCCUUGUUCUACCAAGCUGGCGUUCCCACAAUGUGUAGACAUCCUCGACCUGUCCGGGAAGGCUGGGUCGUCCCUGAACGACCAGCGGAUUUUGAGAGCCUGAGUAAAGACGAGCAGAAGCGGAUUAACGACGAUUUGGAGAGCGAAACCAUCCACAAAUACUACGAGGCGCAGGUGUGUAAACGAGCGCCUCUUCACUGGGCUGUGCUCCAGCAACCGGCAAUCCCUAUCCUCCGGAAACCUGUUUGGCUCGUGAGCGGAGUAUGGGAAAACCGCGACCUUUUCUUUCUUCGCGAAGCACUCAUGAACAUUGCAGCUCACUGGAGCGAGUUUUUCCCAAACGCCCCUUGCCCGAUAGGUUUCAGCAGCGAGGACACCGAGCUCCACUCCAAGGAAGAAGAAAACAUCAAAGGAGUUGGGCAUAUGUUGUUACUGUUCCGAGAGCAAGCUGUACUCCCUGUGGAUGGGAUGGUUGAACCUGAAGACUACGAUCUGGCCCGUGAGAACAAUCUGGCUCGCUACAAUCCCGGCGGUGAAUUUGUCACUUGUCAAUAUAAGGAGCCACCUGACCGGACUCGGCCCACCGUUCAGGAGUACAACGAUGAACGUGACAGAAGCAAGCUACAAAACUGUGACGAAGGCAAUAAAGGUCAAGGCGCUGCAAGAUCGCAGUUUAUCCGCGCGGUGGACGCAGACGAGAAUCAAGCAGCCGGUCGGUUGUUUCAAAGAAAAUGCGCCAAGAGGGCGCCAUCUCGUGAUGUCGAUACCUCGUACAGCGACCAGCCCCCAAGAAAUGGGGGAAACCUGUGGACGCAGUGGGUUCUGGUUAAGGCUGUCUUUACUAGGCAGGUGUAUUCGAUUUCGUGGUCAGCGCUCGUGGACCCUGGGGACAGUGAUGAUGGCCUGAAGAUCAACCGGUGCCAGCCAAAUUUUGGCGACGGGAAAGAUCAUCGAGGGUUCGCUCUCCUAAAUCGUGACUCAUGGUUCGACCGGAACCCAUGGGCAAAAGACUACACCGCGAUGUACAACCCCCAGAGAAGCGAAGCGUCGACGUCCAUCCUGACGAUAUCAUUUGAAAUGCAAGAGAUAGACCUGGAAGCCACAUCGGCCGUGGUCGUCGCUCCGCCGAAGACACACCCGCAUCCGACUUAUGCCGAGACAACAUCGGGUGGCUUGAUCAUGGCAGCGAGCCCACGAGCAACAGGGCUGGGGCACCUUCCCACGCCCACUGCAACCAAUCUGGCAAGAGAAACAUAG